CAGUCAGGUCAUACUAUAUUUCUCAAUCCGCCCAAUUGGACGUUUAUAUAUUUUCCUUCGCCGCGCCGGUCGACAGUAAUGUCAACCAACUAACGCCGACCUGUGGAACGUCAUCUGUGUCCAGCCUACAACUGCAACCUAACUGUAAUCCGAGCAUCUGAGAUGGGUCAGAAAGUUUCGCGCAGCGACUUCGAAUGGGUGUACACGGAGGAGCCGCACGCCUCGCGGCGCAAGAUCAUCCUGGAAAAGUACCCGCAGAUCAAGAAGCUGUUUGGUCACGACCCCAAUUUCAAGUGGGUGGCCGGUGCGAUGGUGCUCACCCAGAUCCUGGCCCUGUUUGUGGUGAAAGACCUGUCGUGGUCGUGGCUCCUGGUGGCCGCCUACUGCUUUGGGGGCAUCAUAAACCACUCGCUGAUGCUGGCCGUGCACGAAAUCUCGCACAACCUGGCCUUCGGACACAGCAGGCCCAUGCACAACCGGAUCCUGGGCUUUAUUUGCAACCUGCCCAUCGGCUUGCCCAUGAGCAUUUCGUUCAAGAAAUACCACCUCGAACAUCACCGUUACCAAGGUGAUGAGGCCAUAGACACUGACAUACCCACACUGCUGGAGGCGCGCCUUUUUGACACCACUUUCGGAAAGUUUUUGUGGGUGUGCUUGCAGCCUUUCUUCUACAUUUUCCGACCACUGGUGAUCAACCCGAAGCCACCAACGCGCCUGGAGAUAAUCAACACCGUGGUGCAGCUGACUUUCAACGCGGUGAUCGUUUAUUUCCUGGGCUGGAAGCCCCUGGCCUACCUGCUGAUCGGUAGCAUUCUGGCCAUGGGACUGCACCCGGUGGCCGGACACUUCAUAUCGGAGCACUACAUGUUUGCGAAGGGAUUUGAGACCUACUCAUACUACGGCCCGCUCAACUGGAUCACCUUCAAUGUGGGCUAUCACAACGAGCACCACGACUUCCCAGCGGUGCCCGGUUCACGGCUGCCCGAGGUCAAGCGGAUUGCCAAGGAAUUCUAUGACACGAUGCCCCAGCAUACCAGCUGGACACGAGUGCUUUACGACUUCAUCAUGGACCCAGCGGUGGGACCGUACGCCCGGGUGAAGCGUCGCCAGCGCGGCCUGGCCUCCUAAGCAAUCGAUGAUAUUCAAGGUUUCCUGCCGUGAAUUUAAUCUCAGCAUUAGACCUAAGCGGCUUUUUUUUAUGUCUAAAUACAUGGUAGGAACAUUUAAAGCGGAUGUAAAUAAUCCAAGGGAGCAACCAAAUACCUAGCACCUGCUAAUCUCCAAUGAUUAGAUAAAAAGCACUCAGGCACUCGCAGCGGCUGAUUUGAACAAUUCCGUGUAUAUAUACUCUUUGGUAUUAAUGCUAGACUGGGAGCUUAGUGUGACUAGUUGUACUAACUAAGGAACAUUUUCGAGCGCUUUAAUUAAUUGUUAAAUCUAGUGUGUAAUACUUGUCCUAUUGUCUUAGUAUUUUCGAAACGUAUUUAUAUUGCUUUCAAAUCUUAAAUAUAAAGACACUAGUCGGUGUUUGUUGUGCCGUUCCGACACACCGGACAAAGGAAACCUCUAAUCAACUAUUUUUUAUAGUCUCUUGAAACAGUUACCUAAGAAUAAAGUCAAAGAAAGUUGUUUUUCCAGGUGUAACGGCAUAUACAGAAUACAAUUGUAACUUAUGAGCAAAACUAAAUAAAUAUAACGAAAAUAUAAACGUCAAA